AUGGCCAGCUACCAGAAUGGUCAGCCUCACUAUCCUUCCAACAACCAUCCCUCCUCGGGCCAGAACACUGGGUACUCGCCGUAUGGCUCCCAGCCUCCAUACCCCUCGCGACCUCUCGAGCGCACCUCGAGUUUCGAUGCCGGAGAUGACGACCGAUUCAUCGAGGGAGAUCAUGGCCAGACACAUGCGCGGUCAAUACAAGGAUACCAGGCCUACACUGGGCAGACGGGAGCAAGUCCACCAGUGAACAGAAUGCAGGCGCCGAAUUUGCAGGCUGCGACAUCACUCCCUUUCAGAACAAACACACAACAUACCGCAUUGGGAGGAUAUCAACACCAAUAUCAACCGGCAGUGCCUGCUCAUCCACCUUACAAUCCUGCUCAGUACCAACAACAGCAGCAAUCGGCAUACACUCCGCAAACAUAUACUAGUCCACAGUCUGCUCACCCGUCCAGCACCUAUCAGCCAUAUAUUCCAGCAGCUUAUGGGGACCCCAACGUGGCUCGUCGCCCUUCGGUGUACAACAGUUACGGCUACUACGAUGCGAACGCUCAGAUAAACUAUGCCUCUAAUCAGCCUCCUCCCCCUCCUCCCCGGCCCGAGCAAGUCCCGUAUUCGCAUACACAAGCGUACGGUGCAUAUCAGCAUGACGCUGUUCAGCAGUCCCAUGUCCGUCGUCCUAGCACUUCCUCCGCCGGCCAGGCUCAUCCAGCCUACUCUCCUCCUGCCCCGGCGCCCCCUCCACAUGAUUCAGCGCUCGCAGGCCGGCCCCAUUCGAGAUCCACAAGUAUUCCCGAGGAAGGGUACCCUUAUGGCGCCGGAACGACAGUGCCAUACCAGAACUCAGCCUUGAAUGCCUAUUCAUCUCCGGACAUCAACAGAAAUUCUUCAUUUGCAAGUCGACUGAGCAGUCAAUCUAUCUCACCACAACCUUCGCUUCCCACGCCGCCCAGUAGACAGCCUUCAAACCAAUCCCCCCAGCGCACUAACACCCUUGACCGCCAUCCUCAGGGAAGGUCUCUACCGGGGGUACCUUCGGAGUCAGAGUCCGACAAUGACUAUUUCAUCCCCACCGACUCACAAAACGCUGCGGAUGGUGGUGCCCGUCAGUCCGGCUACGACGACUUGAUGCUUCACCUGGAUGAGGCCAUCGGAAGCACUUCUGGGCACACAAGGCCCACCAGUGACCAUAGGUACCGUGACCUGAGGGACGACGGCCCCAACGGUAUGUAUCAACAACCUUCGCCUCAGCCGCUUCUCUCGCCUGACGAGGUUCCGACCCACCUGAACGGAAACAUUGCCUCUAGCGGAGGCACUUAUAUUAACUACGGAGCAUUCACAGACGACAGUGAUGCUGAGGCUGCCGCCGGACUCGCUGCUCUGCAAGCAUUGGACGAGCAGGAGAGGGCAGAGGAUGCGCGCAGACGUAGCGGUUCAGCCACCCUCUUCCCCAGCCAGUCGCGCGUUGAAGGGGCCGUGCCGUAUCUUUCUGGGCAGGAGCAGAGCAGCGACAGUGACUAUGCCGGGUACGAUUUGAGUCUCGUAGGUGGAGGCUAUGCGCCAGACAUGUCAUACGGCGAGUCGAAUGAGUCAAACUACGCUGCUGCCGCAGCCAUGCCGCAAAGUGACUUGUAUGGCCGGCUGAAUACACGGAUGAAUUCUGUCCGUAGCUCUGGCGUGUCCUCCGAAGGCAGAGAAUCCCAAGCAAGCGGAUUCGAAUCCAUUCCUCCUGCGGACCAUCUCCGUCAGUACGAGUCCAUCCACAAUGUCGCGCGCGUCGAUACGGGGGGCACUGGCGGACUUACCGAACCGAGUCCUCAUCCUCGUCGGUUAAGCUAUGAAGAUGGCGAUGAGGCGACUUUGAUGGAUUCGGAGACAGGCCGUGCCUCUGGAGAUACGAGUCCGUCACGAGAUUCGAUGCCAGAUCUGUUCUUCCAUCCGGGCCUGAGCCAACAGCGACCGCUACCACCGCCUCCUUCACACUCCGACCCGGGCUCGCGCAUCCCACAUUUGAUGCCUGCUGGUACUUACACUCAGCAAACCCGAUUCUCACAAUACACGGAUACAAGUUCCCGUGGUUAUCCUCCCGCACCCGAGUCGUACACUCCUCCCUUGCUCAGUCCCUCACCUGUUCCCCGAUCGACCUCCCUGUCGAGCACCCGAAGUGCCCCCCGAGUGGAGCAUCCGGUUCGCUCGAAAACUGACGCAGACCGGCAGAAACUCGCGCGUCAACAAGAGCGGCCGGUGUCCGAUCUUUAUGACAUCGCCAGCCCUCAGUCCGCCGUUGCAUUGGACCUACCCGCCAUUCCGAAGAAACGGUACAAUCCUGCCAAGCUGUCCGCCGAUCAACUUAAGAAGUGCGCCGAACCUUGGGCGCUCAGCUCAGUUCUGGCCUGGAUCAAGGAUUUGGCUGAGGAUGAGGCCGAUCUGAAAGAGAACAGCAUCGUCGAAGGCAUUGUCGCACUUUUCAUGCACAAAGUUCCGACCAUGUAUAUCACCGAAGCCGAGGCUCUUGGUGAGCGAGUGGUCAAGGAGAUGUUGGGCGCCAAUGCCUUGGUGAGAGAGGAAGAGUGGGUGAAGUUUGGCCCGGGCACGCUGUCUGGCGCCCUUUAUCAACUCACGGGAAGUGGAUGCUAUUCCUCCAAACUGCACCCAUAUCACACUCGAGGGCGCUGCUAUUCGUUCCACUGCAUGAGGACACUCAAGAAGAUUGACCUCGAUUCUCUACCGGUGGAGAAGAAGUCGGAGGACUGGGUGACGUUCUACAAGCUCGGCAAAGAAGACAUCGCGACUCAUGACAAGAAGGAGAUUGAACGACAGAAUGUCUUGCACGAAAUCGUCACCAGCGAAGACCUCUACAUCAGCCAACUGGAUGUUCUCAGGAUCCUGUACAGAGACCGUCUGGCGGCUGCCCCAGUCCCAAUCAUUCCAUCCAAGAAACUGCCGGUUUUUUUGAGAGAGGUAUUUGGAGGGGUUGAUAAAGUCAAGAAGGUGAAUCAAGAUUACCUCCUCGGUCAGCUGAAGUAUCGGCAGACCGAGCAAGGGCCUUGGAUCGUGGGCUUUAGCGACAUAUUCCGCGAAUGGAUCAGGAAAGCUCGGCCGGUGUAUGUGGAAUACGCCUCGAAUUUCCCUCGUGCAGAUUACCUGAUGCGUCGAGAGGCGGAGCGCAAUGUCCAUUUCAAACAAUUUCUCGACCAAGCUCGCGAGGACAAGCGAUCCAAUCGGCUGGGCUGGGACAAUUACCUCAAAGCCCCGAUUACCAGACUGCAACGGUACAGUCUGUUGCUCUCGACGGUGCAGAAGAACAUGCUGAAAGAUUCGGAAGAGAAGAACAACCUCGCGUAUGCGCUGGACGAGAUCCGAGCGGCGACGUUUGAGUGUGAUUCCAAGUUUGCCGAGAUGACCAAGAAGAUGGAGCUGAUUGAAAUGCAAACCAAGUUGCGACUCCGGCCGGCCAUGGAGAAAGAGGUCGAGCUGAACCUCGACCAUCUGGGUCGGGAGAUCGUGUUCCGCGGCGAUCUGCAACGUGCGGGAGGGAAAGGCUUCCAAUGGGUCGACACGCAUGCCAUCCUGUUCGAUCAUUACCUCGUCCUGGCGAAACCUCUAAUCAAUCGAGACCGCAAGGAAGGGUAUUACGACGUCUCCAAGGUUCCUAUUCCCAUGGACCUCCUGGUGCUGGAAAGCUCCAAUGAUGCCGCGGUGGUGAAGUCGUCGGUCAAAGGAAUCGGAGCCGUCACCUCCACUGUGGUGUCUCGAGGGCCGACCGCCCCGGAUUCUCGACUGGCACGGGCCCAGUCGACGGCAAGCGGAGGACAGCCGGGCUCUCUGACACACGCGAGCACCAAUCUCUCGAUCGGAUCCGGCAAUACCAGCCAAUCGAUGGUGCCCAUCACGACCUUGGACUCGGGCAGUUCGAAAGAGGAGAAGAUCAUGUAUCCCUUCCGCGUCAAACACCUUGGGAAAACCGAGACCUACACACUGUAUGCUCCCAGUGCUCCAAACCGUCAAGAUUGGUGUGAAGCCAUCAUCCAAGCCAAAACGAGACAUGCGGAAGCGUUGUUCUCUCAGAACGCCGAGCCUUUCAAGCUUCGGGUGCUGGCAGACACUGCCUUCGGCUACGAAGGGCUCGCCUACCCUCAAAGACGUAUAUUGAUCAAGGGGACUCCCCUGGACAGGGCGAUCCAGGAGACGGAAAAGAAGUUCGAAGGCCAGGGCCGUCCAGCGCCUGUUUGCCGAGCUCCGAUCAAUUGUGCCACGGUGUUUAAUCAACCAUAUGGCAGGCUCAUGUGCGCCGUCGGCACCGACUACGGCGUAUAUAUAUCUGAAUACCAGAAUUCUCGGGGUUGGGUCCGGGCUAUCCCGAUGCAACGAGUAGGCCAGAUCGCGGUUCUGGAGGAGUUCAACCUAUUUUUGCUUAUUUCGGACAAGGCGCUCGUCGCCUAUCAUCUGGACGUAGUCUGCCCGCCGACCGGCAGCCUGGCCCCACAGACUGAUGCCUCGAGUCGGAAGGCACCGCAAAAGCUGUCUGGCUCCAAGGACGUGGGCUUCUUUGUGACCGGCCGGAUGAAGGAGCGGACGUUGGUCUUUUACAAAAAGCGCGACGGCAUCGCUUCGACCUUCAAGGUCCUCGAGCCUGUUCUCCAACGGAGCACGACCAGCCGAUCCCGCUUCCUACCUUCAUCCUCGCGACGCGGCCAAACCGAGUUCUUCCGGGAAUUCGACGAGUUCUACAUCCCGGCCGAGUGUUACAGCCUGAACCUGUUUCAGUCAAGCUUGGCCAUAUCCACCGCGCGCGGCGUGGAAGUGCUGACGCUGGAGAAAAAGCAGACAUGGAGCGUGCCUAAUCUGAGGAGCGAUCAGCCUGAGACGCAGGCCCAUCUGAGUUCGAUCGCCAGUCGGAUCAAAGACUUGAAGCCUCUGGGCAUGUUCCGGCUGGGCGAGGCGGAAUUCCUGGUGACGUUUGAGGAAUGUGCCGUCUAUGUCAACAAGCACGGAGACAUCUCACGUGGAGUGGUGAUGGAGUUCGUGGGUCGGGCCAAGUCGGCCUGCCUCUAUGCGCAAUACUUGAUCCUGGUGGACGACGAUUUUGUCGAGAUUCGGGAUGCGCAGAACGGCCGACUGAAGCAAGUCAUCGCCGGGAAGGACAUCCGGCUCCUUGAUGAUGGAGGGGGCGGUUCGGGCGGCGCCCAGCCCCAGACGCAAACACAGCCGGCUUUAGGAGGGGGGAUCAAUGGUCUCGGGCUCAAGAAUUUCCUGACCGCGCCACGCACUCCGAAGUUGGUGUUGCAGCAUCCGGAAUACGACAAGAGCCAUCUCAUUGUCGAGUUGCUGCUCACGACGGAGACGGAGUAA